CUUCGUGGUAAAUUAAGUAAUUACAGGAAAUGAACGUGGAGUUAAAACCAGUGACGUCAUGUCCUACAAACGCCAGUUCGUGGCUGGGUAAUGGCAUAAGGUUACAGUGUCCUAAUGAUACACUAGGAAGGAACCUGUACCAGUGUGUACCUAAUGAUGACAGAUCUUCACUUGUGGAAUUUUGUCUUCAAGGGAGUAUUGGCAGAUAUGGAGCAAAUUUGUGUCCUUAUGCUGUAUCCACUGGACAUCUGGACGCUCUAAACUGCUCAACAUUUCUCAGUGGUUGUCCAAAAGAUCCCUACAAUACAAAUGAAGUGUACAAAUAUCCUGCCUGUUUAGAAAUAAAUCCAGAGAAAAGAUGCUAUUUGGCAAGAGAAAACUGCCACAGUGAUUCAAUGUCAGUAUCCCCAAACACUAGCUAUGCAUUCCAACCGGAUGAUGAUAUCACAACAAUUAUUGCUUGGGUUGGUUCUUCAAUCAUCGGAGUCGUGAUUCUUCUCAUAGUUUUAUUUCUCCUUUACAAAAGACGCUGCGAGUCAAACAGCACAGGAAGUGAAGAAGAGGAAAUGCCUUUUUUGCCUCGUAGAAGUGAGUACUUGCGGAUUAAAGACUCCAAUAGCAAAAGAAAUUUUCUUUGUUUUGCUGCUUUAACGCGUUUUUCUUCAAUUUUAAAUGACGCAAAACUUAAUUGACUAUUAACCACAUUAA